UGCGGGUCGGUGUGACAAAGAGAGCGAGCACAGAGACAGACGGAGACGGAAUAGAAAAAGAAAUUCUGAAUUUGUGAGAGUGGCAAAAUUGCUAUUUCCCACUUAACCAGGCAUCUAAGGCACUUUUUCGACCCCCGGCUUUAUCCCAGAGAGUUCAGAUUAUAACAUCUGUGUGUAUGGGGCCGGAAGAGGCGGAAGAACUGCGGAGAUCUUUUGAUUUAAAAUCGGGAAAUUGGAAAUUUUUCAUUUGAAUUGUUGGUUGGGCUGAGCAAGGAAGCCGCCAUGGCUGAAGCUGUCGGAUCAUUGAGUCUCCACCUCAGAAUAUGAAGCAGAUUUUCGUGGCUGCCUUGUGUAAUCGGCGAUAUUUUAAGAGAAAGUUUGCGUUUUAGAAAAGCAAAUCGGAUCCGAUUUUUUAAAUAAAAAAGAUCUAAGCGACCUUGUGUUCCUUAAAAUAAAUUAAAGGGAGUUUUUUUUUUAAAAAAAGAUAGAAGAUACCGUGGAGGGGGAGGAGAGAGAAAGGUUAGCCGUUUUCCAUGAGACACUGGGAAAUCAAAGACGUUUUUCUUUUGAAGGCCUGAUCGUUGGAGCAGGAGGAGAAGACGAAGCAAGGAAAGGGGCCUUUUUUCCCUGGGAGAAAAAGGGAUGAUUUGAAAGGAGACCCGGGUCUGGGUGGACAGGAGACGCCAGGAAUCGAGUGAAACCGGGAAGGGGCCGAGAGCCGUGGGGAGCUGCUUCCGUUUGCCGAGAUACGCUGGCCGUCGGCUCCGACCGGGGGGAAGACCGCAGCGACAGAUCUGAUCCCAGCAGCAGCAGCAGCGGCCGAGAGAAAGGCGGCGAGAGAGAGAGAGAGGGGUGGGGGAGACGGAGAUCGGUGAAGAGGGAUCAUGUCCGGACGGCCCAGGACCACCUCCUUCGCGGAGAGCUGCAAGCCGGUGCAGCCGCCGUCCGCGUUUGGCAGCAUGAAAGUCAGCAGGGAUAAGGAUGGCAGCAAGGUGACCACAGUGGUGGCCACUCCAGGCCAGGGCCCUGACCGGCCGCAAGAGGUCAGCUACACGGACACUAAGGUCAUUGGUAAUGGUUCCUUUGGCGUGGUGUAUCAGGCCAAGCUGUGCGACUCUGGGGAGCUGGUGGCCAUCAAGAAGGUCCUACAAGACAAGAGAUUCAAGAACCGUGAGCUUCAGAUCAUGAGGAAACUGGACCAUUGCAAUAUUGUCCGAUUGCGCUACUUCUUUUACUCCAGCGGGGAGAAGAAGGACGAAGUGUAUCUGAACCUGGUCCUGGAUUACGUUCCUGAAACAGUGUACAGAGUCGCCAGACAUUACAGCCGAGCCAAACAGACACUCCCGAUGAUCUAUGUGAAGUUGUACAUGUACCAGCUGUUCCGGAGUUUAGCGUAUAUCCAUUCCUUUGGGAUCUGCCAUCGGGACAUCAAACCACAGAACCUGCUGCUGGACCCUGAGACUGCAGUGCUGAAGCUGUGUGACUUUGGAAGUGCAAAGCAGCUGGUCCGAGGAGAACCUAAUGUGUCCUACAUCUGCUCGCGGUACUACAGGGCUCCAGAGUUGAUCUUUGGUGCCACAGAUUAUACCUCAAGUAUAGACGUGUGGUCCGCUGGGUGUGUGCUGGCUGAGCUGUUGCUAGGACAGCCCAUCUUCCCUGGCGACAGUGGAGUGGAUCAGCUGGUGGAGAUCAUCAAGGUUCUAGGGACACCAACAAGGGAGCAGAUUCGAGAGAUGAAUCCCAAUUACACCGAGUUCAAAUUCCCCCAGAUUAAGGCGCACCCCUGGACUAAGGUGAGUCAACAGCUUUCUGCGGCUCGAUUGCAGGUCUUCCGGCCCCGCACCCCCCCGGAGGCCAUCGCUCUGUGCAGCCGGCUGCUGGAGUACACGCCCACCGCCCGCCUCACGCCGCUCGAGGCCUGCGCGCACUCCUUCUUCGACGAGCUACGGGACCCCAACAUCAAGCUGCCCAACGGGCGAGAGAAGCCCUCUCUCUUCAACUUCACCACUCAAGAGCUGUCCAGUAAUCCCUCGCUAGCUUCAAUCCUGAUCCCAGCCCAUGCCCGGAACCAGGCUGGAGCCUCCACUCCCACAAACGCCUCUGCAGCCUCAGACGCCAACACUGGAGACCGUGUCCAGACCCCCAACGCAGCCUCCGCCUCUGCGUCCAAUUCCACCUGAGAGGACGGGUCCCAGGACAGUGCCCUCGCGUCACACUUGGAAGGCCCUCAGCCGCGCCGCUCUGAAAUCGAGUUCAAUUGGAGGAAACACAAAAAAUCAGCCGGAGAGAAUCCCCGAUCGUUAGCGUUUAUUUCUCAGUUUGUAAAAUAGCGUAUAAAUACGUCCGUUUUUGUUUUUUUGUUUUGGGUUUCGUGCUCACCGAGGGGAUGUUCCAGAUAACACCGAGCAAUAUAGAUAUCCACGUCGUUAUUCCCUUGACAAUCUUAUCGAGGUCUGUUGUAGCUAACCACCCAGCACACCCUUCAAACAAGUCCCAGCGCCCCUGGCCCCCACCUGUCCCACGCCCACGCUCGUUUUCCUCCUCUCGCGCCCCUGAGGUUUGGAGCCUGGCAGAAGCCUGCGUCCUGGGACCUGUCCCCCUGCUUGUGUCCGGGAUCUGACUUAGUGCAUGGCUUGAAUUUGGUUGGGAGCACAGAAUGAGUCACAGUGUUACAUUAGAAAGUAUCUCGUCUGCUUUUCCUUUGGCACACAAAAAAGAAACGCCCUUAUUUUAUACAUAUGUAUAGAUAUCUACUUUUUUUCUUAAAAGCUUAUCCAGACCCAGGAUAGCAAGCAUUGCAGUCCUUGUUUCUCGGAAGUGUUUUUAUGGUUAGCGAGCAGAUGUUUUUGUUAAGGUGGGGGGUGGGAGGGUGGGGCAGGGGGCUUUCUGGUGAGUCUAAAAAUGACUCCCGUCUCUUUGUGCAUCUGUGUGCUUGUAUUAUAUAUACAUACACAGUUUAUAUAUACUUUACAUUAUGUAAAAUACAUAUAUAAAUAUAUAUCGGAGGGGCUGCCACAGCCCUUGAAUUAAACCGUUCAGAAAACACAGAAGGUCAGAUGUUAAGUGUGCGGCAGCAAUAUUUGCUGCUGUUGGAAACUGUUCAGCUGGACACCUGGAGUUUAAAUGUGAAAGCCAGGUUUCCAGCACGGUUUUAUUUUUGUUAUUGACAUUUUUGACUUCAUAUAAUUGUAUAAACCUUUUGUUUCAGCCCUCGUUGCAUCUCUCCUUAUUUAUUGCUGCAUGUGUUAAACUUGCACGUGUCUAUCAUGAAUGGCAAACGUAAAGACAAGUAUGUGGACAACACCACUCUAACCAUACAGCCUAAUUCUCCUAGGAAUAGGCGGUCCAGUUUUAUUUAAUGACACUUGAAUUUUUUACAGUGAACGUUGAGUGUAAUAAGGAUGGAUGCUUUAAUUUUAAGAUUUCACGAGCUGAUUUAGUGUGAUUAAAUCUGAUCAUUAAACAUUGAAAUAUGCUUUCAUCAAUAUCGGCGUGUAAGAGUUUUGUUAGGGUUUAGUUUCAGUAGUGUUUAAAAGUACAGGAAAAAAUCAUAAUCUGAAAUGGAGGAGACCUCGUCAGGAGCAUUUCUGUACAGUACUGACAUGUCCCGGGUUUAAACAGAAGGCAAAAAGACCUGUUUUGCACAGACUGCUUUCUCCAGAAAAGGAGGUCCCGGCAACUGUAAGAGCUUUUCCACGUGGUAAAGGUGUCAAAAGUUUGAGGCUGGCUCAGAACCAGUCCAAGCUGUAGCAAAAAUGUGAAACUGACCAUUUUGCAGUCUGUGAAUGUGCUUCCUCCUGUAGAGUAGAGGAUCUCUCUCUUUCUUGUAUCUAUGCGAGCCCAGUGGCGCGCCAAUAAGCACAGGUGACCGGGCGAAAUAUACCUUGUCUUUGAUCAUGCUGUGAAAAGAGUGCUGACUUAUAACUCCGGUGUGAGAAGCUCCAAACGGGAUGUCCCUCCUCUCGGGCUGAUGGGAAGGAGCUGGUAGCCCGUGUAUCUUCUUUGCCCAUGUAAGAGUGAUGAUUCGAGGUCAUUAAGCAUUCUUCCGAGCAGUCAAAGGCACCAACUGAGGGACAGGUGACUCUAGUGUUUGAAAGAGGGUGAAAGGACAACACAAACCUGCAGGAAACGUGUCAUGAAGAAGAUGCUGUCAAUCUGUAGGCUUCGGUUUCAUUUGACCACUACUGAAGGAUUUUGUGCUUCGUGUAUUUUUUUUUAAAUUGUUCUGAUUUUUACUGUUAUUACCUUCGCCCUUCCACUUUCUGUGCCACGACCCUUCUGCACCGCGCUGGAAUACGUCUUAUUUCACCCAGUUAGAAAGAAAACCAUUUUAUGUAUAUAUCGUUGCUCCUCACCAAAUUCUGGCUUGUACUUAUUUUUGUUUUUGUUGUUGUUGUGUGUAUGGUAUGUAAAUAUGUGGACCCAAGAACUGUUAUGAGCAAAAACAAACAAGAAGAAGAAGAAGAAGAAAAAAAAAUUCAGGGCAAAUAAUUCUGUUUAUUCAAAAUGUAGAUGAGCUUUUUCAAGCCAUAUAGUUCAAUCUUACUGUACAGUAGGUGCCAGCUAUAUUAUUGUAACAAUAACUAGUAAUGUAUAGUGUAUCUAUAGUUUGGAGUGCCUUUGCUUCCAUUCUUUUGAGAUUUUCUUUCUCCCUCCUCCCUGCUGAGUGCUGCUGAAUCCUAUCCUGACCUUCUGACGUCCGAUACGGCCAGUUCCGUGGUGCGGUUUCUCUGCUUGGUACAGCUCUUCACCAAAGUUCAUUUUUCCCCGUUUGAAGUCGGAGCAUCUAGUGUUUUUGGCGCGGUAUUGUUUUCCGUUCUCCAUAUACCAGUGAUCCUUGGCGCAUAGAAUUUGUUUUCACAUUGAAGUUUAGGCUUCAGUGUUUUUAUGUCUAUUUUAAGUGUGUGAUGUUUUAAAAUCCUGUUGCAGAUUUGCUGUACUUUUAAUAAGCAAUUUUAGACGUGUCCUUAAUUGGUUUACCCUGAGGAGUGGUGUCAGAGUGUACAGUGUACACUCUUUACGUACAGCCCUUGCAUUGUCUGUAAAGGACAAAGAAAAGAAACAAUAUUGAUCUUUCAGCAGGUGGGUCAAGGCAGGUCUGUGUACAGUGUUAACUUAGGUUUCUAGUUGUUCAAAGGUUGGCUGUUGGCUCUCAGACCUUUUCCUUGUCACACUACCAAAAUGAAUUGAUAAUGUCACUGUAACAGAGGGAGGCAAUAAUGAUCAGUUUUGAUCUCUCCAUGAAACCUUCUUUGAUUGGCAGUCAGCAGCACUCAAUGGGUUAAUUACCAUGUAGCUCCCCUCUUGUGGUUUUAUAUAUACAUAUAUGUGUGUAUUUAUGCAUAUAUGUCUAUAUAUAUAUACAAUGCUUGCUUGUAAUAUUUGCAUUCAUAGAUGUGUUGCUAUUGGAUCACCUGGCCUGUAAAACAAGUGUGACCACUUCUUGUGUCUAAAGUAAAAUUAAAUAAAAAGGACUGUGGGUUAUAUACAGAAUAUCGCAUACACUUGUGGAAAAAAAAGCUGUCUUGAUUUAAAAAGAAAAUGAAAAAAAAACAACCUGUAUAACAUUAUUACUACUUGAAUGCCUCUGUUUGUGACUGAACAUUUUUAUUUCAUUUUAAAUAUAAACUUUUUUUCCUGUGAAAGUAUGCUAAAUGUUCCCCCCACCCUCUCCCUUCCUGUAAAUAAGUCCGUUUUGUUCUUCAGUGUGACUUGGUUCAAAAUAGUUAACUGGUACUGUAAUUUGCAUUAAAUAAAGAGUAGGUUAGCCUGGAAAUGAAGAAGG